AUGAGUAAAGCUGCAGUCCAGGCUGUUCAGGCCCAAAAUCUGAUUUGUAUUUUGGUCAUUGACAUGCAGGGGGUGAAAAGCAUCAAGAGAACCAAUUUAAACCCCGUCUAUGUCUCCAUCCAACCCCCAUCCAUGGAUGUGCUGGUGAGACAGACCGAGUCUGAGGAUAGUUUACAGAUGCGACUCCAGGCUGCACUCAUGGAAAUGGAGUUCAGUAAAGAAGCAGGUCAGUUUGAUGUGGUCAUCGUUAAUGAUAAUCUGGAUGAAGCGUAUGAGAAAUUAAAAGCAGCUCUGCUCCAGGAAAUCCAAAAAUUCAAAAACACCACCAAAGCCUGA